AUAUCACAGAAGAUACACCGUAUUGUUGGGCUAGUUUAAUGCAAAAAUGUUGGCAUUCGGUGCCUUUAGAGAGGCCAUCUAUUGGUGAAAUACAUAAAGAAAUAUAUUCUGGAUGUUGGAAUUUAGCUAAAAUUUUUACAGAAGCUGAAAAUAAACGACAAGAAUUACUUAAGUCCGGGGGAUUCAUUGUUAAACAUGUGCAUCCUCAUCAGAAAAAUCAUAGCAAAUUAUUAAAUCCUACUAUAGAUUCUAUGUUUUCAAGUCUACAUCAAAGUUUCAGAUUUUCUACACCAGACCCUGUAAAUUCUUUUCAAAACGUCAGCAAUUAUUCAUUUAACAUUAU